UGGGCCCCGCGCUGCUCCUUGCGGCGGCCGCGGCCGCUUUCGCGCUGUCGGAGCCGGUACCGGAGGAGGAAGGAGGAGCGGGGCGGGGGGACCCCGGUCCCGCUCGCCUCCGCCUCCUCUUUACCCCCCCCCGCUGCCGCCUCCGGUGCAGCGGCAGCGGCGGCUGCGCCCGCGAAUGCCCCAGCGGGGACCCGGCGGCGCUGGAGAGCGGACCCCCCCCCCGCGGGCAGCGGCUUCCGCCUCGUCGUGUGCCCGCUGCUGUGCCAGAACGGGGGGGUCUGCGCCCGCCCCGAGGCCUGUCUGUGCCCCCCCCACUUCACCGGCAAGUUCUGCCACCUCCCGGCCAACGGCACCCGAGGGGGCCCCUAUAACCCGGGGGGACCCCUAAGUUUGGGGGGGCCCCAUAACCCGGGGGGACCCCUCAACCUAUGGGGGGGCCCAAACCUGGGGGGUCCCUCAGACGAGGGGGGGCCCCAAGCCCUCACCAGGUCCGUCUACACCCUGCCCUUGGCCAACCACCGUGAGGAAGAGGAUGGCGCCCAGUCCAUGGUCAGUAUCCACGUGCAGCACCCCCCCGAGGCCUCAGUCACCAUCCAUCAAGUGGAGCGGGUGCGGGGGGGGCGCAGGGAUGAGCCGCCGCCCCCCCCCACGGCCCCCCCCGCACCCAGAGCCCCCCCCCCGGCCCGCGGCCACCUCCGGGUGUCCCCCAAUGGGGAGGGGGCUGGGUAUGGGCGGUGCUUCCAGCAGCUGAUUGGGGGCGAGUGCAGCUCCCCCCUCCCCGGCCUCCGCACCCAGGACAUCUGCUGCCGGGGGGGGGCCGGCGUGGCCUGGGGGGUGCACGAGUGCCAGCCCUGCGCCGAGCUGCCCCAGCGGGACGCGCCGUGUCCGCCCGGCUUCCAGCGCCAGAACGGCUCCUGCGAGGACGUGGAUGAGUGCAGCGAGGGCGGGUUCUGCCGCAACGGGCUCUGCACCAACACGCGCGGGAGCUUCGCCUGCCUCUGCCCGCCGGGAUUCCUGCUGGAUGCGUCCCGCUCCAGCUGCAUCUCCCAGCAGGUGCUGUCGGAGGCGCGGGGUCCCUGUUUCCGGGUGCUGCGCUCGGGGCGCUGCGCCCUCCCCACCCUGCGCAACAUCACGCGCCAGAUCUGCUGCUGCAGCCGCGUGGGCAAGGCCUGGGGGGGGUCCUGCCUGCGCUGCCCCCCCCCCGGCUCCGAGGAGUUCAAGGAGAUCUGCCCGGCCGGCCCCGGGUACCAUUACUCUGCUUCCGACCUGCGGUUCAACACCCGGUACCUGGGGCAGGAUCUGACCCGCGUCCCCCUCGGGCGGCCCCGUGCCAGCACCGCAGCCCCCCCAGCCACGCCCCCGUGGCACCCGGAGCAGCAGCCGCGGCCAGGACCGGGCUCAGGACCGGGAGCGGGGCCCCCCCCCGUUGUCACCCCGGUGCCAGCCGCCGCCACGAGGCCACCGCGGCCCCCCCAGGACCCCCCCCCGGGCCCUGAGGUCAUUGUGGUGCCCAGACCCACCAUGGGGCUGCUGGGACCCAUCCCCACGCCGGAGGCACCAGCGGGCAACGUGUGCGAGCGGAACCCGCAGCUCUGCGGCCCCGGGCGCUGUGUCCCGCACCGCGGCGGCUACUCCUGCCGCUGCCACCCCGGCUUCUGGCUCAGCACCCAGGGCACCCACUGCAUCGACGUGGACGAGUGCCGGCGCAGCCCCCAGCCCUGCACCCAUGGGCGCUGUGAGAACACGGUGGGGAGUUACCGGUGCCUCUGCCACGCCGGGUACCGGCCCAGCGCCGCCGGCACCGACUGCCAAGACGUGGAUGAGUGUGCCCAGAGCCCCCCACCCUGCACCCAUGGGCGCUGCGAGAACCUGCCCGGCUCCUACCGCUGCCUGUGCCCCGGCGGGUACCGCGCCGCCGCGCCGGGACAGCCCUGCCAGGACAUCGACGAGUGCGAGAACGAGGCGGCGUGCCCUGGCCAGGAGUGCCUCAACACUCCGGGCUCCUUCCAGUGCCGGCCGUGCCGGGAGGGAUUCCGGCUGCACCGCGGCCGCUGCGCAGACGUGGACGAGUGCGCGGGGGGGGCUCCGUGCGGGCCCCGCGGCCGCUGCAUUAACACGGAGGGGUCCUUCCGCUGCGAGUGCGGGCGCGGGUACCGGGCGGGCGGCGGCGCUCCGUGCGCGGACAUCAACGAGUGCCUGGAGGGAGACUUCUGCUUCCCGCACGGAGAGUGCCUCAACACCGACGGCUCCUUCACCUGCCUCUGCGCGCAGGGAUACACCCGCACGGCCGCGGGCACCGCCUGCACCGACAUCGACGAGUGCCAGCGCGGGGGGGUCUGCGCCGGCGGCCGCUGCACCAACACCGACGGCUCCUUCGAGUGCCGGUGCCCGGCGGGGUUCCGCACCGACGCCGACCAGGCCGAGUGCCAGGACGUGGAUGAGUGCCGGGAGUACGGCGCGAGCCUCUGCGGUGCCCAGCGCUGCGACAACGUGCCCGGCUCCUACCGCUGCGUCACCGAGUGCCAGCCCGGCUACCGGCCCGGCGACGGCGGGGACUGCCUCGACGUGGACGAAUGCUCCAACAACGGGACCCUGUGUGGGGCUCACGCCACGUGCCACAACCUGCCCGGCUCCUUCCAGUGCGCCUGCGACCCCGGCUACGAGACCGCGCGCCACGGCCACCACUGCGUGGACGUGGAUGAAUGCGAGACCCUACGUGGGGUGUGUGGGGCCGAGCGCUGCGAGAACGUGGAAGGUUCCUUCUUGUGCCUCUGCCCCGACAGUCGCCAGGAGUUCGACCCGGUGACGGGGCGCUGUGGGGCCCCCCCCGCACCCCCGGGUCCCCCCGGAACCGCUGCGUGUUACAGCCAAGCCUGUGGGGUGCUGGCACCCAACGUCACCCAGCAGCAGUGCUGCUGCAGCCUGGGCUGGGCAUGGGGCACCCAGUGCCCGGCAAGCCCCUGCCCCCUGCCCGGCACCGAGGACCACGAUGCUCUGUGCCCGCACGGGCCGGGCCGGGCCGAGGAUCCCGGGGGCGCCCCCACCGACGUGGAUGAGUGCGGGCUGUUCGCGCCGCGGCUCUGCCGGGGGGGGGUCUGUGUGAACGCGGCCCCCGGCUUCAGCUGCUACUGCCCCAGCGGCUUCUACUACGAGCCAGAGCAUCUGCAGUGUGUGGACAACGACGAGUGCGCGGCGGCGGAGGCCGAGCCGUGCGAGGGGGGGCUCUGCCUCAACACCGUGGGCUCGUACCACUGCUCCUGCCCCCCCCCGCUCGUGUUGGACGCGUCCCAGCGCCGCUGCGUCGACAACGACACGAGCCUGGAGGCCGCGCAGGCCGUGUGCUGGCAGGAGGUGGGCGCGGACCUGGUGUGCGGGAGGCCGCGGCUGGACGCGCAGGUCACCUACAGCGAGUGCUGCUGCCUCUAUGGGCAGGCGUGGGGCAUGGACUGCGCGCUCUGCCCCGCGCGGCACUCAGAUGACUUCGAGCUCCUGUGCAACGUGCUGCGCCCCCCCAGCUACGGCCCCCCCGGCCCCCCCCCGCUUACGAUUACGCCCCCGACUUCGCCCCCCCCUUCGGGCUCCCCUUUGGCGCCGGCUUUUUUGGGGGGCCCCGCGCCCCCCCCCCCGCUUUUCCGCCCCGAUUACGACUCUUACGGCUUCGGCGGGGGGGGCCCGGGGGGGUUCGCCCCCUCCCCGCACCGGGGGCGGGGACCCCGCUAUGAGCCCCCCCCCGGCCCCCCCUGGGGGCUGCAGCCCCACGGGCCCCCCCCCCGCGGCUUCCCCGAGGAGCCGGGGGGGGGCGAGGAGGAGGAGGAGGAGGAGGAAGAGGAAGAGGAGGAGGAAGCGGGCCCGGCGCAGUGCGCGGUGCUCAGCGGGUGCCACCACGGCCGCUGCGUGCGCGUCCCCGACGGCUUCACCUGCGACUGCGACCGCGGCUUCCGGCUCGACCCCGCGCGGCUCGACUGCGUGGAUGUGGACGAGUGCUCGGAGGGCGCCCCCUGCCGGCCCGGCCGCUGCCUCAACACCCCCGGCUCGUUCCGCUGCUUGUGCCCCCCCGGGCACGCGCCCGCGCCGCGCCCCCCCCCGCGCUGCGUGCCCGCGCCCCCCCCCUCCCGCGCAUGAGGACCCCCCCCCCAAACCCACCCCCCCUCCCCCCGGGCCUAUUUAUUGUGUGUUACAGAGAGGUUCUAUAGAGAUGAGCUGGGGGGGGGGGGACACACACCCCAUCUGCACCCCCCCCCCCACCCCCAGCACAGGGCACGGGGGGGGGGGGGCACCCAUGGGUGUCCCUGCGGGUGCUCGGGGGGGGGUGGGGGGCGUUGGGGACCCCCCACACACUUUUAUACAAUAAAAGUUUUCUAUAAAA